AGGAGAGACCCACCCAAUCGAUUCGUCAUCGACUAUUUAUCAGUCUGCUGAGGAGACUACGGCAUUGCCGCUACCAACCUCUGGCCCUGUUACUGCUCAACUCAACGUUUGGUUGAGCAAAUUUAACAAAUUUCGAUUUGGGGCCACUGGAGAAUUCAGCAAGAUCGUCAGGAUGCCGCCAGCUCCGAAACCACCGGUGGGUGGCGAUAUCGAAAAGAGGAAGGAGUACAAGUAUCAGCAAGAGAUUUCUCAAAUGAUGUUUGUCUUCGGCGAGAUCCAGGAUCCAUUGACAGAGACCGUCAAUCUCGUCGAAGAUAUCAUCCGUAGCCAACUUGUCGAAUUAAUUGUACAGGCACGGGUGCAGGCUAACCGCCGUGGUGCCCGCUAUCUUUCGGCUGAAGAUUUGAUCUUCCUCAUUAGGCACGACAGAGCCAAGGUGAACAGAUUGCGCACUUAUUUAUCUUGGAAGGACGUCCGAAAGCACGCCAAAGACAGCAAUGCAGACGGUGGUGGCGGUGUCGAGGUUGAAACCUUGGAGGAUGGAGCUGAUGACAAGCUCACUGCGAAAGCGCAGAAGAUCACCAUCAAACUACCUUGGGAGAUUACAACCAUUUACUCUGAGGUUCUAAGACAAAGUGGUCUUCAGGAAGAUGAUGAAGAAGACGAGGAUGAUCUGGAAGCCCAAGAGGCAUCUCUCGAGCGACUCAAGGAAGCCGACGAUGUUACGAAACAAAUGACUCGUGAAGAGUAUCAACACUAUUCUGAUUGCCGGCAGGCAUCAUUCUCGUAUCGCAAAGCCAAACGUUUUCGAGAAUUUCUCAAUCUUCCACCCCACCUUGAUCUCAAAGCAAACGACGACACGGUCGACAUCGUCGGUUUUCUUGCUUUCGAGAUGGUUCGGUCCCUCACGGUGGCUUCUUUGGAGGUGAAGAAAUCGCUAGAGGAGUCCUAUCUGCGUGAGGAUCAUACAGCUUCACCUGUCCUUGGUAAGCGCAAGAUGGGGGUGGGCUUAGAUUCUAGCAGCAAACGACGACGGGAGGAAUCUCCAGACGAAGACUCUGACACCCCAUUACCCGCCUCUUCGUUGUUCAUGCAGCCGCCUGAAGCACGUACUGCCCUCAGGCCAGAACACAUCCAAGACGCAUUCGGGAGAAUGCAAGGCGAUUGGUCCCAGAGCCGUUCUGCAGGUAUGCGGAACUGGAGAGGUGGUUUGAUACGGACCAGUGUCAGUCUCAUUUAG